AUGAAUCUGGUGAGGGUUUGGGGAUUCUGUUCUGAUGGACCACACAGGAUAUUGGUUUUAGAGUAUGUUGAGAAUGGAUCGUUGGAUAAAAUACUGUUUAGCAGAGACUCACAGAUAUUACUUGAAUGGAAUAAAAGAUUUCAGAUUGCUCUAGGAGUGGCAAAAGGAUUGGCCUAUCUUCAUCACGAGUGCUUGGAGUGGGUUAUCCACUGUGACCUGAAGCCAGAGAACAGACUGUUGGAUGAGAACUUAGAGCCAAAGAUCACCGACUUUGGCCUUGCCAAACUUCUAAACAGAGGCGGGUCAAAUAAAAAUGUAUCGCGGAUCCAUGGAACUAGAGGUUAUAUAGCUCCUGAGUGGGUUUCUGGAUUCCCAAUAACAGCAAAGGUUGAUGUCUACAGCUUCGGAGUGGUUCUCCUAGAGCUACUCAAGGGGGCUCGUGUUUCAGACUGGGCACCAAAUGAAGACGAGGAACUGGAGAUGGUCCUUCGAAGGGUCAUUAAGAUGCUUGCAGAAAAUCUGAUGUUGGAGGGCAGCGAACAGUUAUGGAUCGCUGACUUCAUGGACUCCAGAUUGAACAGGCAGUUCAAUAACUUGCAAGCAAAAAUGAUGGUCAAGUUGGCUGUUUCAUGCGUAGAAAAAGAUAGUAGGAAAAGGCCUACCAUGGAAAAUGUUGUGCAGAUGCUUGUUUCGGUAGAUGAGGCAUUAGGCAUUAUGAAGCAUUACACUACGAACUAA